AUUACCAUAGAGAUGCACCAACGCAUUCGUCACAUUCUUCACAUCCUCCCAGAAAACUAAAAGGCUUCGGAACCUCUCUCCAUCUCCCUCUCUCUUUCUUCCUCUCUGUCUCUCUCUUGUAUUCAAUUUCAGCGGCAGAGAGAAAGAAGAGAAACUAAAAAGAAAAAACCAAAAAAAAAGAAAAAACACUCACACAGAGAAAGGAAAGAUGUCGGAGAUGGGCGCAGAUCAGGAGGGCAUCGAUGGAGUUCGGAUGACCUGGAACGUCUGGCCCAGGACCAAGGUGGAGGCCAGCAAGUGCGUGAUCCCAAUCGCUGCUUCGGUUUCUCCGAUCCGAUCGCAUCCUGACAUUCCCACGCUCCCCUACGCGCCGCUUCGUUGCAAGACCUGCAUCUCCCUUCUCAACCCCUUCUGCCGCGUAGACUUCGCCGCCAAGAUCUGGAUCUGCCCAUUUUGCUUCCAGCGCAACCACUUCCCACACCACUACUCCAUGAUCUCCGAAUCCAACCUCCCCGGGGAGCUCUACCCGCAAUACACGACCGUUGAGUACUCUCUUUCUAACCCUGGGGCGGUUCCCGAUGUCGCCGCGCCUCAGUCCAUUCCGCCGGUGUUUCUUUUUGUGCUUGAUACGUGUAUGAUUGAGGAGGAGUUGGGGUUUGUGAAAUCGGCGCUUAAGAGGGCGAUCGGAUUGCUGCCGGAGAAUGCGCUAGUGGGGUUUGUGUCGUUUGGAACGCAGGUGCAGGUUCACGAGUUGGGGUUUUCGGAGAUCUCGAAAGUGUACGUGUUUCGUGGCUCCAAGGAGAUUUCCAAGGACCAGGUUUUGGAGCAAUUGGGGCUCGGCGGCGCAGGGCGGAGGGCGGUGGGUGGGUACCCGAAGGGGGUGCAGAAUGGGUAUGCGAGUUCGGGGGUUACGCGGUUUUUACUGCCGGCGUCGGACUGCGAGUAUACUCUUAAUUCGUUAUUGGAUGAAUUGCAAACGGAUCAGUGGCCGGUGCAACCAGGUCAUAGGGCGUUGCGGUGCACCGGAGUGGCGCUGAGUGUUGCGGCAGGUUUGCUUGGCGCUUGUUUGCCUGGCACUGGUGCAAGGAUUAUAGCUUUAGUUGGGGGUCCUUGCACAGAAGGCCCGGGAACGAUUGUAUCAAAAGAUUUAUCAGAUCCAGUACGUUCUCAUAAAGAUCUUGAUAAGGAUGCAGCACCAUAUUUUAAGAAAGCAGUCCAAUUUUAUGAAAAUAUUGCAAAGCAAAUGGUCAGCCAAGGUCACGUCUUGGACCUUUUUGCUUCUGCUCUUGAUCAGGUUGGGGUUGCAGAGAUGAAAGUUGUGGUUGAAAGAACAGGUGGUCUUGUUGUUCUGGCUGAAAGUUUUGGUCAUUCCGUAUUUAAAGACUCUUUCAAGCGCAUUUUUGAAGAAGGGGAACAGUCUCUUGGCCUCUCUUUUAAUGGUACACUGGAGAUCAACUGUUCAAAGGACAUCAAAAUUCAAGGGAUCAUUGGACCAUGCACAUCUUUGGAGAAGAAAGGACCUUCUGUUGCUGAUACAGUCAUUGGAGAGGGGAGUACCACAUCAUGGAAGAUGUGUGGCCUUGACAAGACUACUUGCUUGACAGUUUUCUUUGAUAUUUCAUCUAGUGAGCGGUCAAAUCCUCCAGGAACUUCAAAUCCACAGUUGUAUUUGCAGUUUAUUGUCAGUUAUCAAAAUCCUGAAGGUCAAACAAGGCUCCGAGUUACAACUGUUACUAGAAGAUGGGUAGAUAGUGCUGUCAGCUCAGAGGAAUUGGUGCAAGGAUUUGAUCAGGAGACUGCUGCUGUGGUAAUGGCGAGAUUAACUUCUCUGAAAAUGGAGACAGAGGAAGGUUUUGAUGCUACACGGUGGUUAGAUCGGUCUCUCAUUCGUCUCUGUUCCAAAUUUGGCGAUUAUCGAAAGGAUGAUCCAGCAUCCUUUACAUUAAACCCUUGUUUUUCAUUGUUCCCUCAGUUUAUGUUUAAUCUGCGACGAUCACAAUUUGUACAGGUUUUCAACAAUAGUCCAGAUGAAACGGCCUAUUUCCGUAUGUUGUUAAACCGUGAGAAUAUUCCAAAUACUGCGGUCAUGAUCCAGCCAUCUCUAAUAUCAUAUUCAUUCAAUUCACUUCCUGCACCAGCAUUGUUAGAUGUGGCUUCUAUUUCAGCUGACCGAAUUCUUUUGCUAGAUUCAUAUUUCAGUGUUGUUAUUUUCCAUGGCAUGACAAUAGCUCAGUGGCGUAACAUGGGUUACCAGAAUCAACCAGAACACCAGGCAUUUGCUCAGCUGUUGCAAGCUCCUCAGGAUGAUGCUAAACUUAUCAUCCAUGAUAGGUUCCCUGUCCCAAGAUUGGUGGUAUGUGAUCAGCAUGGCUCCCAGGCAAGAUUCUUAUUGGCAAAGUUGAACCCAUCAGCUACAUACAACAAUGCCCAUGAAAUGGCGACUGGGUCAGAUGUGAUCUUCACAGAUGAUGUGAGCCUUCAAGUGUUCUUUGAGCAUCUCCAGAGGCUGGCUGUGCAAUCAUGAGAGCAGAAAGGAGUUGGGAUCUAAUACACUUAAAUCUAUGGGUUGGUUUGUGUGGUGAAAAUUCUCUUGUCCUCUAAUGUCUGUCCUGGUUCCAAUGAGUUUUCCUUUCUUCCCCAUGUUAAAAUGUUGAGAAGUGAGACCCGAGAUUAUUUGAAAAAGCAAAUAAGGAAAGCAUGUAUCAUUCUUUAGGGGUGGUUGGGGGAAGGUAUUUGCUUCCUUUGGUAGAAUAAGAGACACAAAGGUUAAUAUUGAGUUAUACGGAAAGAAAGGUUUGAUGCUUGAGCGCUAGGAGGUCAGUCAGUGAGGGCUCAGGAAGAUAUUUUGGCAGCUGUUCUCUCUUUUUUUUGGUUUCUUAAUUUUUUCUUUGUUAAUUAGACAGCCAGGUUAGAAGAACAUUGGUGCUGUGUAUUUGAGUUUUUUUUUUUUUUUUCUUUUUUCUUUUUUAAGUUAUAUACUGAAAUGGGGCAUAUGAAAAAGUUGGGGAACUGGAUCAUUUGUUUUUUACCCUUACAAAUUUUAAAUACAGCUAUCAAUUUCCUUCCUCAUUGGUU